UUGUUUUUAAACUCUCUCUCCUCCUAUCAAAGACAUUCUGAGCUGGACGCACUAUAUACAUUUUCACUAUUUUCCAUAGGAUUGAAAAAUGAAGAGGAAAGAACAAUAUUAUUUGACCUCCAAUGGCAAAAGUAGAUUUCUAGAGUGCUUCCUGUAAAGUAUUUUGUAGAAGAAUGCAUUCUUCAAAGAAUAAAAAUGUAGAAAAGCCGGAACCAUUUUAUAGAUCUUCAGCACCUAAGCAGAAGACCAGUGCUGAGAUAAUAAAUGAAGCACGAAAUGCACUAAGGACUUUAAGGACUCAGAGGCCAUUUACACCUAGAGAGGACCAAAGGAAACUUUUUGGAUCUGCAUCUUCACGAACACUAGAAAAUAGACCACCUUCCACUUUUAGUCUCCAUGCUUCCAGUUUUGAAUCAGGUGAAUCAAGACCGGUGUCUGGUACACGUCUCAGCCCACUGGACCAUAAGCCAAAACUACUUUCAUCGCCUAUAAAAGAUGAAGAUUCUUCCAUUUCCUUCCCAAAGCCUCCAGUGGACCCAAUGGAGGUUAGGAAAGUCAGCAGUGCCCGGGCUCGCUUAUGUAGAACAGUGUCUCAAGGAAAUCUCCUUCCAGAUAAAGUAUUUCUUCCUGAUGAGAAUAAGGAAGGGGUAAAUUCUGAAGAACCAGCUACCAUGGAUGAACUUUCAAGGAGAAGUAAUAAAAGUUGUUUAGCAGAACUAAGUCCACACUCCAAUUUUAAGGAUGAUGGUAUUCCACUAAUUUAUAAUGAGCAUAAUAAGGCAGAGAAGCAAGACUUCUUAAAAGAGGCAGUAGCAACAUCUCCAUUGCAAUUCAGAAGUGGAAGUGACCAAAUUAAAAACGGAGACAGGGCUUCAUCAAAUCUAAGCAGGAUUAGCUGGAAUACAUCAGGAAGCAAAGCAGGCUCAGAGAAUGACUCAAGAGUAAAUGAAACAGAAGAGGAAGAAAACUACUGGAAUGUAAAGAUUGUACCAAUUGUAUAUGAAUUAGAGAAUGAAGACAAUAUAGAAAACCUCUGUCGUGCCUGCACCAGCCUCCAUCAAGCCUUGGAAGAAGGAAAUAUGUUUGGAAAGAGAUUUAAAAGAAGAAGUGCACUUCUGAAGCUAUUAUAUAAACUAGUUGACAUUGGUUCAGACCCACUUGGCCUGAAACUGGCAAGAAUGAUUCUGGCUCUGAAAGUAAGUGGAAAGAAUCUGCUCAAUGUCUGCAAGCUUGUGUUUAAAAUUAGUAGAAAUGAGAAAAAUGAUUCGCUCAUUCAAAAUAAUAGUCUAUUGGAUUCUUUGUUGGAGAUCCUGAGAUUUGAAGAUCUACAAACAAACAAUGAGGCUUUUCUGUAUUGCCUGGGAGCAAUAAAAUUCAUUUCUGGAAAUGCAGUGCUCCUUAAUGAACUGGUUAACAAAGGAACUGUUGAAAUAUUGUUUCAGUUAAUGAAACAGAUUAAUAAUAUUAAAGAAAAUGACACACGUUUCUCCAACUUGGGCCACCUAUUAGUCCAGCUGACUGCUACUUUGCGAAACUUGAUUGAUUUACCUCUUUCAAGAUGCCAGCUCCUGUGUAGUGGUGCAGUUUCAGAGCUCUGGGUGGUGCUGGAGCAGCAUAUGAAUGAUAAGGAUAUAUGUACCAAUAUUGUCAGGAUAUUCAGCAAACUUUCUUCCUACAAUGACUGCCGUGCAGCUCUGGCAGCAUGCUCCAGAUGUUAUGUCUUAUUUUUAGCCCUUCUAAACAAACACCAAAAGAAGCAGGAUUUAGUUGUCCGUGUUGUUUUCAUUCUUGGCAAUUUAACAGCGAAGAACAACCAGGCCCGUGAACAAUUUUUUAAAGAGAAAGGAAGUGCUGACACCCUGAUAUCAUUAUUCCAAACGUACAAUGAAUUUGAUUUGAAUACAAAAAAAGAGAAACAUGAAGGAGAAGAAAAUAAAUCAAAACAAAAGCAUCCUUCAGAAGCAGAAGAUGUCCUUAUCAAACUGAUAAGAGUGCUCGCCAAUCUCUCCAUUCAUCCUAAUGUUGGUGCUGUUCUGGCAGCUAACCAUCACAUUGUGGCAUUGCUUGUUACUGUGCUAGAAUACAAGUCAGUUGAUGACUGUGAGGAGCUGGUGAUCAACGCUGCUGCAACAAUUAACAAUUUAUCCUACUACAAAGUGAGGAAUUCUGUAAUCGAAGACAAGAAGCUGCACAUUGCAGAGUUACUUCUAAAGCUGCUAAUGAGCAGCAAUAUGGAUGGAAUUCUGGAAGCUGUUAGAGUCUUUGGCAAUCUUUCCCAAUACCUUGAGAUCUGUGACUUCAUCAUACAGAAGAAGGUAUACAAGUACAUGAUUGCUUUGCUCGAUGCCAAACAUCAAGAUGUCUGCUUUUCUGCCUGUGGAGUUCUGCUAAACCUUACUGUGGAUAAGAACAAACGAGCUAUACUAAAGGAAGAAGGAGGAAUUAAGAAGUUAGUUGAUUGUUUAAGAGACUUUGGGCCUACAGACUGGCAGUUGGCUUGCUUGAUAUGCAAAACGCUGUGGAACUAUAGUGAAAAUAUCACAAAUGCUGCAUCAUGCUUUGAAGAAGAUGAUAUCAAUACACUCCUAGUGCUGCUUGCAUCAUUUUUAGAUGAGGAAUUAGCAUUGGAUUACAGCUUCGACAGAGAUUUAAGGGACUAUCACAAACUGUAUUGGGAAACAGAGUUCAAGCCUGUGGCACAGAAGCUUCUCAACAGAAUUCAAAGCCACCAUUCCUUCCUUCAGCCUAUAACUAUUACUUCAUUUUAA